AUGAGGGGAUCGUGGGAGGGAGAAAGGGAGGCACGGAGGAGGGUGCUACUGAUCCCUCUGCCUCCAGAGUGCCCCUCCGGCCCCGCCCUGAGGCUCUUCCUGUGGCUCCCGGUCCUGGUGGUGGUUCUGUUGAUGGUCUUGGAAGGCCCAACCCCAGCCCAGGGGGUUCCGGACGUCUCCAACCCCUUUGAUGUCCUGGAGGAGUUUGGAAAGACCCUGGAGGACAAUGUUCGGGAAGUCAUCAAACUCAUCACACAGAGUGAACUUCCUGCCAAGACGCGGGAUUGGUUUUCAGAGAUAUUUGGAAAGUGAAGGAGAAACUCAAGAUUAACUCAUGAGCACCUUUCCCACACCCCAGCACCUGUGCUGAGGACUGCCUCCAUGUGGCGCC